AUGUCAUGGUCGCGUCGGAGUCUCGAGAUGAUCUUCAGAAACAAGUACAGUCCUGGAACGAUCGGCUGCAGCAACAUGGAUCGCGCCUCAAAAACUGAGUAUAUGGAGUGCGGACCAAGGAUAAAAGAUGGCGACAUUGAUCAAGAAGGUCUAGCACGUGUUAAUGCGGCAUGGAUGAAAUGGAAAAUGGCAACAGGCGUACUGUGCAACAGGAAAGCCCCUGUUCGACUGAAGUCGAAGAUCUACAGGACGGUUGUGCGUCCUGUUGCCCUUUACGGAUGCGAGUGUUGGCCGACGACGAAAGCCUUGGAAAGAGUGUUACGCGCUAUGGAGAUGCGGAUGUUGAGGUGGACGAUAGAUGUAAUGCUAAAAGAGAAAGUAUCCAACGACACUGUACGCUCCAUCUUCGGCGUCGUCCCGAUAACUGAGAAGAUGAAGGAGGCGCGACUGAGAUGGUUUGGUCACGUUUUGCGGCGAGAGGAAGAUUCUGUUGCCCAAAUCGCUCUGAAGCUCGACGUUUCAGGAGUGGGGCCGCGUGGGAGGCCAAAGAUUCGCUGGUUGGACCGUAUGAAGCUGGAUAUGAUAGAUGCACGUUUGUGUAACGGCUGA